GUCCCCACCUAUUGCCUGGGUCGGGUCUCGGAUCAGCCUCAUAUACCUUCGAACAGCGUCCCUUGAGCCUGGAAUACGAGGGAUUGUUCAUCAAACUUCUUGUUACUCUUUCACCAACCGUUACCCACAAGGGCUUCUGAAGGCGACGAUGGAUGUAUGCAUGGAAAACGGCGAAAUGGCCAUGGGAAGGGAAGAUGCUAUGUUAUGCUAUUAUUCCCUUCUCUCUUUUUUUUUUUUUUUUUUGUUGUAUUCUUUUCCUUUGUUGUACAUCAUGUUGGGGGAUGGGUUGGCGGUUCGGUGGUUCAGUUUGGUUUGAUGUUUGAUACCUCUUUGCUCGUGCGCCAUACAGUUGAUCUUGAGGCGUGGGGAAUGUUCUAUUCUUUUUUUGUUUUUUUCUUCUUCUUUUCCAAUCCUUGUUAUCUUGGUUACCGAACCAAUGUCACACUAUACUAUGUAUAGGUGUAACGUGUGGAAUCGAAAGCACGGGAGAUACACACGCAUAUACUGCACUCUAAUUCACAGGCCGUUACCUACUGCUCUUUGCGUCAAAUUGUACUUCAGAUGCUAAUAGUAAACUCUUAUGCAUAACAAUAGUCCUG